AUGACAACCACGAGCGAAGGGUCUGACGAGGACGCGGAGUGGGAAAAGCACGUGGAUGAGGCCACCGGAUCCAUGGACUACUACAAUGCCCGCACAGACGAGUCCUCGUGGGAGGUCCCUGCCGGCUUUAAUUCUCCGCAGAAGGAAGAUGCGAGCCAGGAUAAGGCCCCAAAGUGGCUCGAGUUCGUGGACGAUGAGUCUGGAGCCACCUACUAUUUCGACAAGAUGAGCGGCACCAGCCGAUGGGACAAACCAGAUGACUUCAUACCAGAACAAGAAAGUAGAGAUCAGGAGAAAUAUAAAAAAACUGAGAAGCAGGAAGAGGAUGAUGAAAAGAAGACAAAGGAUGCUUUGGAGGAUAAUGCUGCUGAUGCUAAGGCCCAACAUUGGGUCAAGUACGUGGACGCUGCGAGUAACAAGCCAUACUUCCACGAUGCCAGCACAGGGAAGACGCAGUGGGAGGAACCCGAGGACUUUGAAGAGCCAGCAACCCCCGUGGGUACCCAGGUCUCCGCUGAGUAUCAUGCUCAUCUUAAACGAAUGCAGACGGAACACUUGGCUCGAGUGACCCAGCAAGUACUGGACCCUUCAGGCAACCUCAGCAAGCUUAAUGCCAUUUUGAGCGGCAUUGAUAGUAGCGCUCCUUCUACGACGGCUAUUGUUGAUGGAGAGGGCGAUGCUGCUACCACGCGAACAGCAAAAGCGGCGUGGCAGCAACAUGUCGACGCGCAGACGCAGCGAUACUACUACCACAAUGUGGUUACAGGGGUGACCCAGUGGAACAAGCCCAAUGCACCAGUUGUCUCGGGGUUGGCGAAGUGGAUACCUCCUGAAGUUCCUGAGUUAGAUUCGAGUGGCCCAAGUCAGAAGACAGUUUCUGGCGUGAACUACGUCGCACAGGCGAAGUUUAAUCGGCUUACCGGCAAAUACGAGCAACUCGGGGGUGAUGAAUAUUGGCAAAGCGCAGGAAUGGCAUCCGAUCGUGCUGGGCGGCAAAUGAGCCACUUCUUCGACAUGAGUGAGCUAGAGAAAAACCGCGAGGAAGCACGACGCAGGAAGGAGCAGUUGAAGCGCAAAAACAUCGACUGGAAGAAAAUAACAGCCGAGAAAAAAGCUAAGAAGCAGAAGCAGAGGAACGAGUGGCUUUACACUGAUUAA